UAAGCUGCCUCUGCCAUCCUGAAGCACCAGCCAGGGAUGAGACGGAGCAGGACUGAACUAGGAGAGUGUCCUGAAAUGUUCAUUAAAUUCACCGGCUGGAUUUGGAAGCUGAUUUGAUCCGAAAUGUGGUGGAUUCCUCUAGUUUUUCUGACAGGUGUCUUCCCUCCGUCAGGCUUAGGCCUUCAUGUGAUGGUGAGGGAUGAGAAGAGGUAUGCGAUCCUGUUCCAGUCAGUGGUUCUACCAUGCCAAUACACCAGCGUUUCCACACAGCCAGCUAUGGUGAAGUGGAUUUACAAAUCGUACUGCAGGGACCGCACAAGGGACUCCUUUAACCUCCCAGACAGCUUGAGUGGAGGCGGGCUGCAGGGUGGAAAUGUAGGGACGGGCAGACGCUACGAGACGGGUACAACUGCCAGCCACCUGGACUGCUCUGACAACAGGAGGACUGUCAGGAACGUGGCCUCCAUCUCUGGGUCCUCGGUCACUCUCUCUGAGUUCUACAAGAACAGAGAUGUUACCAUCAUCAAUACUGCAGAUCUGCGUAUAGGAGAGGUGCAGUGGGGAGACAGUGGUGUUUACUUCUGCCAAGUGACGAUCGCUGAUGACAUAGAAGGACAGAAUGAAGCUUCGGUGGAGCUGCAGGUUCUUGGUUUCUCAGGUGUGCCUGAAGAUCUCCUUCCUGACUUUGAUUUGAAGAUUAUGCCAGAAUGGGUGUUUGUGGUGGCUGUGGUGCUCGGCAGUGUUUUAUUCCUGCUGCUGGUUGGAGUUUGUUGGUGUCAGUGCUGUCCCCACUCCUGCUGCUGCUACGUCAGCUGCUGGUGUUGCCCUGACACGUGCUGCUGCCCCCGACACUUGUACGAAGCAGGUAAAGGCAUAAAGACUGGAACCUCCACCCUUCAAACUCCAGCCUACCCUCCCUACUUUGUGUCUGGACUUCCAGCCAUGGUCCCCAUUGCCCCGCCAUCACUGGUAGACAAGGUGUCUUCUGCCCCCCCCUCAGAUGGCACCCUGGUUGCAGCAGUAUCUCCAGUGCCAAUGCAUGCUGUGGGGAUGCCCUACCGUGUUCCUUCACCACAGGAUCAAAACUCUCUAAGGGUUCUACAGUAUGUAGAGAAACAGCUGGCUCACUUCAACCCUUCAAGGUCCAGCAGCAGACAGACCUGCAGUCAGUCAGAGUUGAGCUCCCUCCAUGAAGUAGACACCAACUUUCGCCAAACUUAUAGAAACGUCCAGAAGAAAGCCCUACCUGCCAUCCCUGAUCAAGACUCCUCUUGUCAGGAACCCCAGAGCCGCCGUGAGAACUGCAGUCCAGAGCUGCAGCGUCACCGUAAAAACCCCUCAUCACCACAUCGUUACCAUCACCCAGAUUCAGACCACCUUGACAGCCAGGAUGAGCCUCUACUUCCACGACGAUACAGUGAUGACCCUCCGUCUUCCUCUCAUUCACACAGGAUCGGUCGAAGUAAGCGACAACAGAACUCCAGUGAUGAGGACACUCACGGCAGAUGGAACCCUUGUUCAGAAAAUCUGCAGAGAAAGACCUAUCGCUCUUCUGGACGGACGGGCUCCCUGGAUGAGCUGGAGGAGUUUGCUGCUUCCUACAAACGGAGAGAAAGCAGAGGAAAAGAAAGGAGAGGGGAAGAAAUGGUGGAGUAUGAGAUGGAGGAUCUGGAGUACAAUGGAUACCCCUCCCAUCGCAAAGGUCCUCCUCAGCAUUAUUACAGCAAUGAGGAUCAGUUUGAUGAUAACAGUGUGCAAGAAGGUUAUACCAGAGCAAACAACAACAGCAGAUACAACAUAAGCCCUCUUCCUUCUCCUAAAAAGAAGGGGGGCACACGGGAAAGGGAGAGGCCUGAGCCACCACCCCUAGUAAUGAGCCCACCAUCAAAGUCCUCUCAGGACAGGGACUACGACGCCACUUUCCUGAAUAGCUUGUUGGAGCGUAAGGAGAAACUACGAGGAGUUUCCCAGAGAAAGAAUGAGGCGCGGUGUGAGGAAGAUUUAGAUUCACCUUCAAGGGGGGGCAUAAAGAAGAGCAGCAGGGAAUCCAGUCGGCUCUGUAGCCGCUCUCCCAGUAACAGGCCUGAGGCAGACUCGCUGCCUCCAUCUGACUCAGAAAGAACCAGAACUGAAAGACUGUCUCCACCAAUGCUUCCAGCAAACGCUCGCUCCUCCCCACUUGUUCAUUCCCUGCCUGCUUAUAGGGAGGAGCAGCGGGACAAGUCCCGGAAAGUGGUCAGAUUCAGAAGCUACCAGAAUGAAAACUAGAACACUCUUCUCAGCCGAGACUCACUUAUCGUCUGACCAAGUCGGAGACAAAGGCAGCGAAAGGAAUCAAGCAGAGAAAGACUGCAGCUGUGAAAUCCAACAGGAACCACACAUCAGCUGAAAAAAAAA